AUGCCCAGGCCGGCUUCUUCCUCCUCUUCUACAACACCGCUGCUCAUCCGCUCUUCACCCGCCCUGGGAACCGGUUCCUACGGUGCUCUACCGGACCUCUCCAGCAGUCCCGAAUCCCCUCCAAAGUCACCGACUGCUUCGAAACGGAAAAAGGGAAAGACCAGGAGUCGUCUUCGAAAUCUUUUUACCUCGUCUGAUAAUCCUUCUUCGAAUGGAGUUGUUACCGAAGCCGAACAUUCUGCUGCUGCAGGUGCCGCCGAAACAGCAGAAGACCACUCCCACACGACACCCGCAAUCAUCGACAUGAGACGACGGUCCUCCACCGACGAACAAGACCCUGGCGUCAAGCUGGCCAAGGUUCGACCUGUUACUAGCUCUGCCGGUUAUAGUGCUUUCCAUGGCGAAACCGCUGGUAGCUCUUCAACCGCUGUUUUUCCUUUCCCAGAAUCCGAUUCCAGCUCCACCGCGACAGAUUAUGACGCCGGACAAGUCCAUCCGCUGCAGGACAGCGAUGCCGAUGUCGAUACCGACGACGACGACGAAGGUCUCGCCUUCAACCCUCAUGCGAACUCUCCCUAUGCACAGGUGCGAGCUUCUGUACCGAAUACCGACGAUACUUCUCUCUCAAUAAGCACACCCCGUAUGUGGACCCUCGCCAUCCUCUUCUCUGUCGUCGGAUCCUCUACAAACCUCUUCUUCUCCCUUCGCUACCCAUCCGUUAGCAUCACGCCAUUCAUCGCCCUUCUUCUUGCCCACCCACUCGGUCGGAUAUGGGAUCUGUGUUUCCCGGAAAUAGUCAGUGCCACCACAAUUUACGGCAAGCUCAUGAGAUGGCUCGGCCAAGGUCGCUGGAACAAAAAGGAACAUGCCUGCGUCUACAUCAGCUCCAAUGUGAGCUUUGGCUUCGCAUUCGCUACAGAUGUCAUUGUGUCACAAAAUCACUUUUAUAAGCAGCCUACUCCGAUCUUGUAUCAGAUACUUUUGACGCUGUCCACCCAAUUCUUGGGUUAUACAUUCGCCGGAUUGACUAGACAAUGGCUGGUAUACCCAUCGAGUAUGAUAUGGCCGGUGACACUGCAGUCUACCGCCAUGUUUACUACCCUACACGAUAGAUCCGAGGGAGAGGAAGAAGUAAAAGGGUGGGAGAAGUGGGGUAGAUGGAAGUUUUUCAUGACUGUCCUUGGAGGCAGUGUGGCAUGGUACUUCUUUCCGGGCUUUAUCUGGCCCGGGUUGAGCUACUUCAAUAUCGGAACUUGGGCAAAGCCCGACAGUGUCGUCCUUGCUAAUUUGUUUGGAACAUCGACUGGUCUUGGCUUAAUCCCAAUUACCUUCGAUUGGGCGCAGAUGUCGUACAUCGGUUCGCCCAUCAUCACCCCCCUCUGGGCGGCGACCAACGUCCUUAUCGGGCUUAUCGCCGUCAUGUGGAUCUUGGCACCCAUUCUAUACUACUCCAACGUCUUUUUCUCCUCCUAUAUGCCUAUAUUAUCAUCUUCUGUAUACGAUAACACCGGCGGCUUCUACGACGUUCAAAAGGUCUUGACCCAGGAUUUCAUGUUUGACGAGGCCGGCUAUAAAUCCUACUCGAAGGUAUUUCUACCGAUCACCUACGUUCUCAGCUAUGCCCUGCAAUUCGCCGCGAUGACUGCGUUGGUUACCCAUACGACAAUCUGGCACGGCAAAGAUAUCUGGAAACAAGGCAAAAGAGCGCUGAAGAUCGGAUCGAUCACUAAAACUGAGACGACCGGGACUUAUCAGCGACUUAAGACUUCUUCCGGGAAAAGGAUUGAGAGCGAAGAUGAUUUGAAUGAUGAAGAGUGGGCGGAUAUUGUCGGAGACGAGGAUGUGCAUGUCAGGCUGAUGAAGAAGUACCCAGAAGCACCAACAAGCUGGUACCUGGCGACCGGUGUCGUGACGACGCUCGUGGGGAUGUGGUUAGUUGAGGCGUAUGAAGUCCAUCUACCGUGGUAUGGUCUACUGCUCGCCUUGUUCAUGUGCACCAUCUUCUUCGUCCCUGUCGGCAUCGUUAUGGCUAUUACCAAUCAACAAUCUUCAAUAUUUUUAAUCUGCCAGAUGGUCGCCGGCUAUGUAUUUGCAGGCCGUGGUAUCGCAAACAUGGUGUUCGUCACAUAUGGAUACAUCACUUCUACGCAAGGCCUCAAAUUCGCCUCCGACUUGAAACUUGGUCAAUACGUCAAGAUCCCCCCGAGAAUGCUGUUUACGGUUCAAAUGGUCGCUACCGCUGUUGGAAGCUUGACACAAAUCGGAGUGCUGAAUUGGAUGUUCGGUAGUAUCCCGGGGAUAUGUACACCUGAAGCCCUCAGCGGGUUUACAUGCCCGCUCGCGAGGGUCCAUUUUAAUGGUAGUGUGCUAUGGGGUGUGGUCGGACCUUCUCGAUUCUUUGGAGCGGGAGAGCUAUACAACCCACUCGUGUGGGCGUUCGCAAUCGGUCUCAUUGCUCCGAUUAUAGUUUGGGCGUACGGGAGAUACACUGGUGUCAACGUUAAGCGCGUUAGUUUGCCAGUAGUAUUCGGAAGCCUGAGUUGGAUCCCGCCAGCCACCGGGUUGAACUUCUCGACGUGGUGCUUGGUAUGUUAUGCGGUGAACGGGUGGAUCAAGAAGCACAGGGGUGACUGGUGGAGGAAGUAUAGGAUGGUUCUGAGUGCGGCCUUGGAUACCGGAUUGGCGGUUGGAGUUGGGGUAGUGUUUUUUGCGAUCGUAUGGCCGCAGUGGGAUUGGGUGAAGAAUUGGAGCUGGUGGGGUACGGAGAUUUAUAAGCAAGGGUGCGAUUGGAAGGGGUGUGCAUUGAUGAAUGUGGCGCCUGGAGAGACGUUUGGACCGGAUCGGUGGUAG